UCCAGUUUCACCCACCAUUGAGUAACAUCAACAUAGUAACCCGGGAAAGGUAAUCUUAGAGGCGGGUAGCGACAUUUAUUUCUGGGAAUCCCACAGCUGACUUUCAUACGUAGUUACCUAGAAAAACACGGAAGCAAAAACAAUGGGUGCAUGUCGGUAGAAAAAGUUGCUAGCUUAGUUGGCUCAACUGCUAGCUAACAUUGGUUUGCUAACGUUAGCUGGCUAACGUUAGCAAACAGACAGCUGAGGGAAACUGAGGGAGAAGUCUUACAAGUUUGGAUAUUCCUACCACCAAGACAACGGGAUUAAUGUGGAUAUCAAGGCACGCCAGGUCGUUUUCCUGAAGCUGCAGGUGAGAGAUGAGGAGCAGCAGGACGACAGAGGUUUCUCUGAAAAGCUCUGCUCAGCAGCUCACUGAUCACAGUACUGGCACAGAUCUGACAGCUGCAUGGAAGAGUUUGGCUCAGUCCAAAGCUGCUUUGCGGCACAUAGAAAACCGCCUGCAGGCAACUCCUGGUACAGGGGUUCUUCUGGAGUCUGUGGUGGACCCUCCCAAGAAGAAAUCUUCACGCACAGUUCGCCAAAGGGAUGGACAACGAGCUGAUGACAAUGGAGGGUCUUCAAAGCGCAGGGGACGUAGUCAGCAGAGUCCAGAAAAAAGCAGCUCUCGAAGCCCUCUGAGAAAUACCACCCAGGACAACAAUGUCCACAGAAACAACAGUGUGGAGUUCAGGGAGCCACUGACCUCCUGCAGAGAGGCCACCCCUCCGCCACAUCCCUCCUCUCAGCUGGAGGCCUACAGUCUGCAGUCAGUGCCAGGGUCUUCGCACCCUUCCUCUCCGCCUUCCUCAGAUCCUCUGCUCAGCCAGCUUGUCUACCAGAGAGAUACCAGGGACAAACAGACAGACAGGGACUUGGACAGCACACACUCCUCAGCUCUGGAGAGCACAGAGGUCCGCUACCUCAAUGACCAGCCAGCCCUGGUCACCUCGAGGACUACUGUGAACCAGUCACAGCCCCCAGGUGUACAGGGAGCUGAGGAGGACAGAACCCCCAAAGCACAGCCUGGAAUGGACAGCCAAGAAUCAAGCCUGUGUGCCACUCCAGCUCCGGGCUCUGGAAGGCGGGCAGAGAGCACCCCCUCCAGCAGCCCUGGCUCAGCUUCCCAGCGGCUGGAGAAUUUAAGGCGACAUCAGCCUGAUGAUAAGCUGGAGAAGCUCAAAGAGCGAAUACGCAGGCAAAGACAACAUCUGGAGGAGGCUGCACAGAGAGAGAGACUGCUGGGUCAUCUGGAGCAGCCCAUUAUGGUCACUGUGGGGAGUAACAGCAGUGAUGGAAACAUGCCCACAGCCAAAAUACGGAAAGUGGCAGCUGCACCGCCUGCACCAAUAUACAAAGGUUUCAACAGUACUGAGACAAAGAUCCAAACUCCUGAUGGGAAAGUUUGGAAUGAGGAGGAUUUUCAUAACCUCAGCAGAGAAAUCUAUCGAGAUCUAUCUCGGCAAUUUGCUGAAACCACCAGAUCAAGAAAUCAUCAGCAGCGAGACCAGAGAGCAGACCGGUCCAAAGAGAGAAAGUCUUCCAACCCAGUCAGGAAGGUCCACAAAGCUGCCCCUUCUUUCGACCUAAAUGCAAAAGCAGUGAUAAGCCCUACAUCGUGGCGUGAGGGCCAAAAGCUUGUGAAGAUGGUACUGGGUCCAGUUCCCAAGCUUCCCAGAGAGGAUAGACAGCAGCCUGCUGAUGGACUGAGCAGAACAGCUCCCCAUCAUCGUUCCAGUUCAGACCCACGCUCCGAUGCAAAACCAAGGUCUCGCCCCAACAACAAAGAAAGGCCUCAGAGUGGUUUCCAGGGGCAACCCAAAAGCCGUUCAACAACUGCACCUGCUCCGUUAUCUGCAGACCAGAACAGGGCCCCAGAGGGUGUUAGCGCAGACCUGUUGUCAGCAGACAUCCAGGGGAUACUUGAUGACCUUCAGCUUGAGUGUCAAGCAGCUGAAAGGGAGGAGAGGGCCCGGCAAAGAUCCCGGGCUGGGAGCACUGGUAGAAGAGGGAGAGGUGGAUCAGGAUCAAGAACAAGAGCUCCGGUCUCUGCCUGGGGAACAACAGUACCAACAGGUUCAUCCUCGAGAGGAUGCCGCAGUGCGAGCCCCACUUCACACCGACCUCACACUUCAAACACGGCUGACAUGGGGCACAAAAAGCGACACUAUGACGCAGAUAGUGUCCGCCAGUAUAUUUUAAAGCAGCAGGAGGAGAGAAAGAGGCGUCAGGCAGAGGAGAAGAGGGCACUAAAGGAGGAAGCUGAAAGGAGAAACCAGAGACUGCAGGAGCUCUACAGGAAACAGAGAGAAGUGGCCAAAACAGUUGUCCAAGCUAGCGAGGCUCCUGUUGCCCCAGUACAAAAGAGACUACAGGAGACCUACAACAAACUAAUGGAAGAGAUGCAGCUGGGUGGGGAGACUACACAGACACGACCUGUUCCAACCAGUCAAACGAGACCAAUGUACCAGCCAUCAGGAGAGUCGGACAAAGAAAACAAAAGGCUAGAGGCACCGCAGAGUCCUUCAAGCAGUGACAGAUCUUUGAAUGAUCAGCCAGCUCCUCCUCUAACCAGGAAUGACCUGGAUGUCGGAGUUGCAUCUUUGCUUCAGCCUGACCGUUUGAGCCCUGCUGUUCGACCUAAGACUGUUCCCAACAGUAGUGCACUCGCCACUAUUGGUGACCCUCUCUUCUCUCAGCUCCUUGGGCUGGAGUCAUCAGUGACAGUUAGUGAUAUUCAGCGACCGGCCACAGCACCCACCAAUAGGUCACGGUCCAAGAUGUCGCGCAUCGAGGCCCUCAAAGCCACAGCCGCCUCCCUCUCAAACCGUAUUGAGAGUGAAGCAAGGAAGCUUGCUGGAGAGGGGAUCAGCUAUGGAGCAGCAACUUCAAUAGAAGGUGACACUGUUCUGGCUCCGAGGCCCUCUACAGCUCAUGCUGAUGAUAGAUGCUGGGCAGAAAUACCUGCUACAGAAAAUGAUGAUGUAACAUUGAGGUUCCAGAGGGUUCUGACUAGUGCUGGUCAUAGUUCAUAUGAUGGCACAGUCCUACCAGGAACAGGCAAUUUGAGCACCCUAGUGGGACAGAAGAAAUCAAAGGGCACACACACCAGUCCGACAAAACCACACAGAACUUCAGGUGACUUUACAGGACCCAUUCUCAACAACUAUACACAUGAAAGGAGUGAGCUUGUCAAUGGAUUUGAGGAGGACAGGAGGGAUAAAACUGUACAAAGGAGAGGAUAUGGAUUGACAGAAGAUAAACAUCGGACGGAUAUCCAUGACUCAAGUGCAGGUUCAAUCAGUGAGGGACCUCUCCUUAGUGAAGGAAGUUUCUCUGAGGAUGAGACCAGCCCACCUCGACCCUACAGCAAUCGAGAAUCCAGACUGGCAGAUCACCUGGCAGCUUUGUCCUACUCUGCAGGACAAAGAAGAGACUUUCAGCGGUUAUCAGAGUUUCAGAGAGAAGCAGCACAGUGCUCGGCCCUAAGCUCACCCUUUACACAGCAGGAGGGCAGAAAAGCUGCCUGGGAGGAGCUCAACAAAGGAAGUCCAACAAGUGUCAUCAAUAUCUACACAAAGAACUUUCAUGGACAAGCUAAAGUCAAUGCCAGGAACCCUGAGAGGACAUCUCCAUCUGCCCAUUCUGUGCACCUUGGGAAUGGCUCUGUAGACGCAGCAGUCUAUGAAGAUGACUUUGUGUCAUCUCAUAGCAGUGGACGCAGUGGCCAGUUGAAAAGCAGCUCCAAUUCUCACAGUGUGAACAUCCAUUUUGAAGAGCUGAUGAGGAGGAGUCCUUAUGAAAGAAGUACAGGAGGCAUUAACUCCAACCAUUCAUCCUUCCACUCAUCAGUUCAUUCACCACAUCCUUCCUCUGGUUCAACAUCUGGCUCCUCACCUUUCUCUAAGCACUCCAGCAGAAAAAGAGGUACAGCAUCAGACCAGAGUGAUGCCACCUUAGUGGGAGAACAGAGGAGCCCCUGCUCACCGCCCUCUGAUGCUUUAUCCUCUGACUCCAGGAAGAGGAGCUCGGACAAAGGCUCUGCUCACAGCCAAGUCAAGAGUGUCCACGCAAAUGAGAAAGAAACUUCUCAACAAAGUUUUGGAGCUGACAGUAAGAGAUCCUCAGCAGCAAGGCCAAAACAUGCAUCUCCUCACAGCUCUCCAGAUUCUGCCUCUUCUCUAGGAGCAAACUCUCCCAGUGUGGCUGUAAGAAGUGGCUCUCUGGGGGGAGAUAAUCCAAGCACAAGUGCCACAGCUCGCAGCAGUAGAACAGAGACAAGGACCACAGGUCAGCUGCAGUAUUCACCAGCUGUCUUACAGCAGCGCAUGGCAGCAGAGCUUCAGUACCUGGAGUCCAUCGAGGAGUCGGUCAGACAACUGGGGGAUGUGGAGAGACUGAUGGGAGUGUCGAUGGCUCAGCAGGAGAGUGUGUCAUUGGCUCAGAUGCUUAAGGCCAAGCAGCAAAGCCAUGAGCGUGAACUCUACGAGCUGAAAAUCAAGGCUGAGAGGGAAGCUCUUGAGGCACAACUACAGCUGGAAGAAAACAGGCAGAGGGCAGCCAGGGCUCAAAUCGAGCUGCAGGAAAGCUUGGCUGGUACCCAAAAAGAGACCUUGGAAGGCAUCCAGGAGGCAACUACAAAGAUGAUGAGUCAACAGGCUGAGGCAGCACGGUACACAGCUGAAACUGCCCGGCACAUCAAGGAGAUGACAGAAAUGGCCCGGUCACAGAUAACAGGGGCUUUGGUCAUCCCACCUGUUGUUAUAAGCACCCCGGCGUUGCGUCAGCAGAAAGAACAGCAGAUCUCACAGCAGCGACAAGACGAGUCAGACAGCUUCCAAAGUCAGGAGUCAAGCAGAAGAACAGGGCCAGAGGAUUCUCUAUCUCCACUGAACAGUCUUAGUCAAUCUGACUCUCCAUCCUUCAGAAGACCAAACAUCAGUGGAGCAGACUCCAGCAGCCACCAAAGUCCAUCAUAUGGCUCUUCAGACCAGAAGGAAAAGACAAAGAAUGAAGCAAUGGAGGGGAAACAGAGAAAGGGAGAAGCUGAAGAGAGACUGGCAGCCAGCAGCUCCAUAGAGGAGGAAGUUCUAACAGCAGCUAAUGAAUCCAUGUGCAGUGAUAGCAUCCACUCUGUGGCGGAUGAGAAAGGAGACAGUACUUCAGUAGCAACAGAGUACUCUCUGAAGUUUGAUGAGUCCAUGACAGAGGAUGAGAUAGAAGAACGCUCCUUCCGCUCUCUGCUGCCAUCAGAAGCACACAGACGAGGAACAAAGGAGAAGUCGUCCCGGCAUCAUGAGGAGUCAGAGGAUGAUGGAGCUUAUCAUAGCAAGCCAGUGAUUUCAGGAGCACACAGUAUCUUAAAGGAUUCAAACAUGGCCUUCUCCGGUGGUCAGGACAGCUUUUCCCAGUUCACCAUGGAUAUGGUACGUCAGUACAUGAAGGACGAGGAGGUCAGACUGCAGCACCAGAGCUCCCUGUUGCAUCUUCGUCAGAAAGCUCUCAAAGAGAAGACCAGGACUGAGCUGGCAUGGCUCGAACUACAGAAAAAAAGGCUGAGAGACAAGGGGGAGGAUGACAAAAUGCCCCCCAUUAGGAAGAAGCAGAGGGGCCUACUUCUGAAACUACAGCAAGAACAGGCUGAGAUCAAGCGACUCCAGGAGGCAAACAAAGCAGCCAGGAAGGAGAGGCAGCUGUUGCUGAAGCAGCAGGAGGAGAUUGAGCGGAUGAGAAGCUCCACACUCCGACUGAAAGAGCGUCUCAAGUGUGCUGGGGGUGAAGCACCACCUGAGACUCCAGUGUCAGAAACCCCUCUGUCUGAGGCAGCAUCUGCCAGCAUGGGACAAGCUGAGGAAGGUCGCAGCCCGUCUCCCUCACUCUCCAUGUCUGGAAGUGAAACCAACAGCAUCAUGCAGAAGCUCAAGAAGAUGCGCUCUCACAUGGAGGAAAAACACUGCUCUCCUGUCCACUACUUCUUCUCUGUGUUCACUGCCCACCACUGGGCCUCCCUCAGUGUCUGUCUCCCCAAACUCCGCCCUAAAUUCCAGCUCUUUAUCUACAACCAGUUGGUCAGGUUCCUGACAAAGAGGGAGCAGCAGCUGAUGCAGAGGCGUCACCAUGCUGAAGAGCUGCUGCAGUGGAAACAGCGGUUGGAUCGGGAGGAGGCUGAGGUCUGUAGGAUGGAAAAGGAGGCCUUGGCUGUAUGGGACAGAAACACACAUAAGAGCAAGAAGGAGGAGAUCUCUGAUGUCAGCCCCAGCCACAGACACCGUCAAAGCUCAGAGCUCAGAACUGACAGUGAAAAAGAGUAUGUGAGUGAGGGCGAUGGUUCCCCAGCAACACCUGAGUCGAGUAUACACACAGAGGGGUCCAGAUCCCAGCAACCAGGAAGCCCAUCUUCAUUUCAUCCUGUGUCGGCCCAUGAAACACCUUUAGCCUCCUUCCAAAGCAGCCCUGCAAAUUACACCCAGGACUUUACCACAGCUUCCCACUCUCCGAGCAGACAAUCGGUCCAGUCUCCACUCAAAGAGAGCCACAGCCCUGCUUCCUCUCCUUCAGAUGGCAGCAGCAAAACCAGGAUGCAGCCUCGCUCCCCCUCCCGGACCCCUAACCAGGCCCACACUCAGCCAGCUGACUCCCUCAUGGCCCCACAGACAGAACCAAUUUCUGACCAGAGCGACAUAGAGGGUCGUAUCAAGGCCCUGAAGGAAGAACUCAGGAAACGAAAGGCUAUGGCCUACCAGCUGAAGAAAGAGCAGAAGAAGAGGAACAAAGAGCGGCUGAAGGCACAGGAGGCUAGUCUGCUGAAGCAGCUGGAGAGCUAUGACAGCUUCAUUAAGAAAACAAAGGCAGAACUGAACAAGGAGCCGGAGUCAACACCUGAUUCAAAAUCUCAGCUCCGAGACGACGUCUCCUCCUCCAUUUCAGAGCAGUCUAGUAUUAAAGCUGCUACUAGGUCUGAAACCAGCAAAAUGUCUGAGCCUGAAAGGAGGCUAGAAUCAUUAGAAAAUAAUUUUGUUCGUCAAGCUGAUGAUAGUAGACCGACCUCAGUGCCUGAAGAGCUGUCUGAUGAAGACCCACCAACAGUCACUCCAACCCCGGUUCAUGGCAGCCCAGAGUGUCUGGUUUCACAAUCAAAGGACCACCUGUCCUCGGAGGAUUUUAUAAAAUCUUCCCUAAAAGAAGCUGAGACGGAGCUGAAUGAGUCUUGGAAAAAGAACAUUGACUUUCAUCAAAGAUCUGGCAAUCAGGAAGAGCUGGGGGUGCAAGUAAGCUCACAGUUUGAGGAUUCAGAACAUAAUCAAGAAAAAGGAAAGGAAGACAGCAUUGAACCUCACAGGAAACUGUCUAAAGCAACAUCCUCUUCCAUUACUGAAGAAAAGCUUUAUUCUCAAUCUGUAAGCAUAGAACAAGAUAAUCAAUUAAAGAUGAGGGAAACAUCUGAAGCAGAAGAGGCCAUAAAGCCAAGCAUUACUGCCUUCAGUGAGUCACAUUCAGCCUCGAUGGACGUCAAAACCUCAACACAUUUGAGCUCCAGCUCUUCAUCCAGCCACCACUCUUGUUCCCCCGAUUCUGUAGCAUUCACUUUGAAAAAGGAGGUACUUACUAAAGAUGUCCAGGCUGCUUCUCCCAUUUUGGAUGUCUAUCACAAUGACUUUGAGUCAUCAGUGAAUUCUUCAACCAGAAGGGAACUUCAGAGAUCUAAGCCAGUCUCUCAAAUCUCAGAAAUCAAGGCCUCAAGUAAAGACGACCAGUAUGAGGAAAUAGACGAGGAGGUAGAGGAGGAUCUGAGUCACCGUUCAGGGAUGAGUGUUGCUAGCAUCCAAUCAGGAAGACUGCUAGAUAAUGAUACUCACAAAGAAGACUACAAAGAGGACAGAGUUGAUUUCAGAUGCUUGCCUCCUGGUAAGGAUGAAAUGCCAAGUUUUGACAUUGGCGAUCGCGUUCUUGUUAGCGGCGUUCAACCAGGCACUCUAAGAUUCAAAGGUCCAACCAGUUUUGCAAAUGGCUUCUGGGCUGGAGUGGAGCUAGACAACUCUGAAGGGAGUAACAAUGGUACUUACGAGGGCGUUGUAUACUUUAAGUGUAAUGAAAACCACGGUAUCUUCGCUCCUCCAGACAAGAUCACACAUCUGCCAGACAAGUUUGAGAUUUAUACCGACACCACAGAGGAUGAAGACUCGUUCUUUGAUGAUCUGUCAGAUAAUGGAAGGGAUAAACGCAAAACAAGCAACGACAAAUCACAAAAUUUCAGGAACAGAAAAGAAGAAAAAUCGCAUAAGCUCUCUGGUUCUGGAGAGACAAAGGUUAUGGAGGACUCAACUCACAAGGUCAGGUCAGAGAAAGAAUCAGAGCAGCUUCUACCUAAUGGCAACACUCGGGACAUUAUAUUGGAUUUUGAAGAUGCACCAACCACCCUCCUCAUCACUGACAUGGACAAAAGAGGUCUUAUGAAGCAGAGUCAGAAUGAAAUAACUACCUCUGUUAAAAAAGAAGAUGUGGACUCCUCCUGCCAGCUCACUGCUGCUCAUCUUUCCACAGACAUCAGGAUUGAUAAGGACAAAGAAAAGGGGAGAGACUCUCUGGACACAUGUGCAGACAAGCUCCUCAACAGCUUUGUAAAGGACACUGUGAAGCAGUUUGCUGAAAUCAAAAGGGCUAAAGAGAAGAAGAUACAAGCUGCCAAUCAGAUGAAUGGAGACCUGUUUGGUGAACAUGCUGAAGAAGAGGAAGAGUGGUUCCCCUCAGUGGAACAAAAAGAUGGGCUGCCCUUCUUCCUACCUACAGAAAAAGAAGAGCUGUCUUCUCCAGAGCUGUGUAACAGACCGGAGAGUCCAGUACUGGGGGCCAGCGGUCAAGAGGAGCUUGCCAAGCGGUUGGCUGAGCUGGAACUGAGCCGCGAACUGCUCGAUGAGCUGGGUGACGAUCAGGACUGGUUUGAUGAGGACUUUGGCCUGAGCUCCCGAAGAGAACAGCAAAGACUCAAACAGAGACAGAGAGAGGAAGAGGAGGAGGGGAAGUUAGGGAGAUCAGGGUCAUCAGCUGGAGCACCCAUGGGGGGGCUUGUCUCUUCACCAGGUGGGGAACAGCAAGUGAAAACCCCACCCAGGCCUGAGCUGCCUCUCCCCCUGCCACCCAAACUCCCCGAGCAGCCCGCCAUGGUAGUUCCCCAUUCAGCCAUGGAGGUUGAGAAGAUGGUCCAUGCUGCCACAAAGGAGAUCUGGGAGAGUUGCGGUCUUGGGAAGGAGGGGGCUCUGACCCAUGGCCAGCUGCCAAACCCCCAGCCUUCACAAGAGUAUCUGGGUAAAGACGCCAGCAGCCAGGAACAGGAGGCCCUCUCAAUUCGCAGCUACAGAAAGGCUGUUUAUGACCUGACAUGGGAGAUGUUGCAGGACAUUUAUGCUGAAGACCCCAACACGGAUCAGCCUCAGUGGGUCAAACCCCAUCGUGUCAAGUCAUCCUUCUACCACAAAGUAAAGACAGCUGGAGAUAUAACCAAAGUCCAGGAAUUCAUUGCAGCAGAAGUCCUGAAGCUGUACGGUCUGACGAAAGAUCAGUGCCAGAAGACAGACUGGCAGAAGAUGCUCAAAUUUGGAAGAAAGAAACGAGACAGAGUUGAUCACAUACUGGUUCAGGAACUCCACGAGGAGGAGGCUCAGUGGGUCAACUAUGACGAGGACGAGCUGUUUGUCAAGAUGCAGCUGGCAGACAGCAUCUUUGAUGCUCUGCUCAAGGACACCGCUAAUGUGCUGACGCUAAUCUAUGACAAAAGGGCCAAAGUGGACACCCUUUCCUGACAGCUGUCCUAUUUAAGAUUUUGGAACUACAACCUCUAGCUCACCCCAUCUCCCCUCACCCAGUAAACUCCAGGUAACCUACCUGCUCCUCGUCUUCCACCAGCUGAUGUGCCAACAGCAACCCUCAGAUGCCUUUCAGUCCCAGCAUUACCUCUCAGCUAAACAACUCCUACUUAUUUCUGUAACCUUCAUUUGCUGAAUUAGCUUCAGUGAAUGUUGUGUUUGUAUAAUUUGUUCUACACGUGAAAAUUAACACAACCUAGUUUGAGUUCUCUCCUUCUGGACUGAUCCUUUGUAAACAACAGUUGGAGAAUGAGACGAUGUUUUGAUAGGAUUGACUGUGCCAUUUGUAAGCAUUUCAAGUCCAUUAAUGCUGCUAAGUUUAAUGUUCCAGUGAAGAGUUUAAUAUAUUAAAGCAGCCUGAAACAUAAGCAGGUUGUCAUAUUUUGUGUUAAAUCUUAAGGAAAAUAUGUAUGGAUACAAAAAUUGUAAAAGAGUAGCAGAUAAAAAAUAGACUUUUUGUCUAUGAGUGAUUUGACAGUGACAUGCUAUCACUUAGCUUUUAUAAACAACUAUGAGUUUUAACAUGCAUAUGUUAAAUGUAGCUGUAGAGAGUUGAACAUCAGUUACUUGAGCUGAAACAGUUGAAAUUUGUCACUUUGUCAUUGAACAAAUCUUGUCAGACUGUGCUGUGUAAAAACAUCACUGAGAUCAGAUAUUGUAUUAAACAUUUUGCCUCCAUAAAUAUAUUAUUUAUUGUGUGAAAAAAGUUUUAAUGAGGCAUGUGGAACAUUUUGAAUUGUAAAUGACAUUGUCAACAUGUAAAGAGCAGAUUUUGUAGUCUAAUGAAACUGUAAAAAGCACAAGGAGAAAUGUGAAUGUGAACUUGGCAAUAUAUUAUGUAGGAGGUUUCAAAUAGUUCUCUUCAGAUUGUGGGCUGAAAAAAAAUUUAAAAUAAUUUUCUUUGUGUCAACAUUUCAUAUUAGGGUUUUUUUCUUGGCUACAGCUGUCCAGUUGGUAACAACAAUCCAAUUGUUCCCACUUACAGCACUAUAUGAUAUCAUACAGUCAUGUAGAUAUGAGUGUGGUACAGUGAUGCAUGUCCAAACAUCUUUAAUAGCUACGGUGCUUUUUCUGGGCUGUAACUCAGAGGAGCAUCUCAGUUAACAUUGUUGCUUUUGUUCACAAUAUUAAUGUUCUGUUUAAACACAUGUUCAUAGACAUCUAUGGACAUCUUUACAAACAGAGUAUAUAAUAUGGUAUGUAAGUGGGACACUACUGGCAGUAUAGGCCUUACAUUUGUCUGUUUGCAAACUAAUCAAAUGACAGUAUAGAAUGCUGGAUUUGAGCCUUAUCCUACAGGCCAUUUACCUUGUUUGACUCAAGAAAAAGCCUCAUGUUGUUUUCUUUCUUUUCUUUUCCCCCGGUUGUCCUGGUUGAAGUUUCUACUCAAAACUAAUAUUUAAUUUGUAAAAGCCCAGUUCUUUUUUUCCACUGUCUGCUUUUAAACUUGACGAUUGGCUAGUUCAAACAAGCUGUCAGAAUGUAGCUGGUUGAUGUAGUCACACGAUCAAAGGUAGUUUUUCCUCUGCAUUCAGUUCAAGUGCCUCUUUUAGUUUUCUUGUAGAUUUAUAACCAACUUGUUGAUGUCUCAACAUCCUUUGGACCUAUUUCCUUUGAAUGUCUCUUUCAACUGCUGUACACCACCACUUUGUGAAUGAUCCUUAAGUGACCGCUCUUCCUCUGCCAAUACUUCAGUUUCUGCCUUAUCAAUCUUUUUACAUUGAAACAUAGCUGAGGGUGUUUUUAUAGCCCUUCUGUUUUGUUUUUUUUUCCUCUAUCCCAGCCUUUUGGGAAAUGUCUGUAACUUAAUCACUCUAAAUGUCAUCUGCCUGUUGAGUCAUUUGAUUGAUAAACUGUAUCAGAGAUAAGUUUGUGGACACUCCACCCACACAGGCUGCACAGUUGGAGAGACUGAGCUGACGAGGCUAAGCACGUACGACUGUGUAUCUAAGGGCUAAUUUGGUCCUCAUUGUCAGCGUUGCUUUUGAUCUAAGAGGCUGUGCACAAACCAGUUGUGGUGUGUGGCAGAGUUUUAUUUUCACAGUUUGGAGCUGAAGUGACCUUAAAUGGAGAACAUGGUCUUUCUUCUGCUGUCACUGUUAGUAUUUUUCCUUCAGUAUGUAAAUAAUGUAGAAAAAGACCAAAAACAUUUCACACCAACCUCCUCCAUGCUGUAUGACUUGUAUGUCUGGUUCCAAGGCAUAUGUAACUGUAAUUGUGACAUGAGUACAUUAGAAACACUUUUUGCAAGGCUUUAUAGCAGACCCUCCUGGAUUGUCCUCCUAAACUGAUUGUAUAUGGAACGAUGUUUAGUUCCCCUCUGUAACUAUGCAGUACUUGGUCUUAUGCAUUGUUUUAUAUGUAUUGACCAAACAGCUUAGACAAUUGCUGUAGUUUGUAGAUUUUACAGGUCUUCAAGAAGCUUGAAGCUGUUUGUGUAGGGUGGAGCUACUUUAAUUUGCUGCUCUAGGAAAGGAGAUGAAUAAAUAAAUAAAGGCGUCAAAAAUGAUUCAGUAAUCUAAAUUAACCCUGUUUAGCUACACUUGUCCUUUUUCAUCUUUUGAAAUGUUUUUGAAUAUUUAUAAUAAUGUGCUGUAAGAGUGCUCUGAAUGCACUUGAAGACUUGUACAAUUCUUUCAUGGGUGUAAAUAUAUUGUCUGUCCUAUCUGA